AUGGACGCCGCGUCCAGGCCGCCACCGCCUCACGGAGCAGGGGUCCGCGUCCGCGCCCCGCUGGUGGAGUCUGUCUCCUGCUACUGCAGAUUAGAUACAGGCCUUAAAACUGUUGUUGAUGCUAGGAAGUUUGUUCCUGGCGCGAAGAUGUGCAUGCAACCUGAAGUCAAACAAAACAAGCGCAAGUCAAGGGGCUCAAGAAAGGAAAGGUCCAGGACGCAAGCACCACUUUUACCAGGCCUUCCUGAUGAUCUUGCUAUUGCCUGCCUUAUACGAGUUCCUCGAGUUGAACACCCCAAUCUCAGGAUGGUUUGCAGAAGAUGGAACCGCCUUUUGUCUGGGAAUUACUUUUACUCCUUGCGUAAGAAAAUUGGAGUGGCGGAAGAAUGGGUGUAUGUCUUUAAAAGGGACCGUGAAGGGAAGAUAUCCUGGCAUGCCUUUGAUCCACUACACCAGCUAUGGAAGUCACUCCCACCAGUUCCACACGAGUAUUCAGAAGCAUUGGGCUUUGGGUGUGCUGUUCUGAGUGGUUGCUAUCUGUACUUGUUUGGUGGGAAAGAUCCUUUGCGGGGUUCUAUGAGGCGUGUUGUAUUCUACAAUGCUCGGGCAAACAAAUGGCACCGUGCUCCGGAUAUGAUGAGGAAACGUCACUUCUUUGGUUCUUGUGUAAUAAACAAUUGUCUCUAUGUUGCUGGUGGGGAGUGUGAAGGAAUACAGAGGACACUGCAGUCUGCAGAAGUUUAUGAUCCAAAUAGGAACAGAUGGGCCUGCAUUACUGAAAUGAACAAUGGGAUGGUGCCUUUCAUUGGAGUUGUAUAUGAUGGCAAGUGGUUCUUAAAGGGGCUAGAUUCCCAUCGCCAAGUAACUAGUGAGGUCUACUUACCAUCAUCCAAUACAUGGUCAGCGAUUGAUGAUGAGAUGGUUACAGGUUGGCGGAACCCAAGUAUUUCCUUCAAUGGCCGGCUCUAUUCAGCUGACUGCCGCGAUGGCUGCAAGCUUAGAGUCUAUGAUGAGAACACAGGAACAUGGACAAGAUUCAUGGACAGCAAGCACCAUUUGGGCAGCUCACGUGCCUUUGAAGCUGCAGCUUUGGUGUCACUAAAUGGGAAACUCUGUGUUAUCAGGAACAACAUGAGCAUAACUCUUGUUGAUGUCUCAGACCCAACAAUGAGUGUUGAGACAGGUAGUGCACGCAUGUGGGAAACUGUUGCUCGGAAGGUCCAGCAUAGGUCGUUUGUGGCUAACUUAUGGUCCAGCAUUGCAGGACGGAACUUAAAGAGUCACAUUAUCCAUUGCCAGGUGCUGCAAGUUUGA